AUGUUCUCCCUCCUCUCCGGCCUGUGGAAGUAUCUGUUCACCAAGACCGAGCUGUUUACCCUUAUUGUGGGUCUAGACUAUGCUGGCAAGACGACGUUGCUGGAGCAGAUGAAGUCGAUGUACCUGGGCAUGGAUCCGCUGCCGGAAGAGAAGAUCACGCCCACUGUGGGGCUGAACCGUACUCGCGCGCAUCCCAAUUGGACGGAGGUCCUGGUGACCUGGGACGUGGGCGGCCAGCGGUCGCUGAUUGGCAUGUGGGAUCGGUACUUUAACGAGGCACACGCCGUGGUGUUCGUCAUCGACUCUUCCGACACGGUCCGGAUGGACGAGGCCCGGUCAACGUUCCACACAGUGGUUGCCGAUCCGAGGCUCGCUGGUGCGCCAGUUCUCCUGCUGUGCAACAAGAUGGAUAAGGACGACGCCAUCGACCCCGACGUGGUGGCUGACGCCUUUGGGGUCACCGACGUGCCCGACCACAACAUGCACGUGGCACCUAUCUGCGCCAAGGACGGCACCGGUGUGACGGAGGCGAUUGACUGGCUCCUUGCUGCCCUCCAGACCUCGCCGCGGCAGAUCAUUCGCUAA